AUGAAAAGAGGGUUCCAGUUCUGGACUAUAAUCUUUACACUCUGUGUGACCGGUCUCCUAGGGGCACUCGAGAAUACGGUGGUUUCGACUUCAAUGCCAACAAUUGUGGAAGACCUGAAUAUUGGCGACAACUAUAUCUGGAUCACGAAUGCCUUCUUCCUCACUAGUGCAGCGGUUCAGCCCCUAUUUGGGCAGCUAGCUAAUGUCUUCGGUCGUCGAUGGUUGACGAUGUUUAUCGUCGCUGUCUUCACCCUGGGAAGCGGCGUCUGUGGUGGCGCAAAUGGCGCGAAUAUGCUCAUCAUUGGACGCGCCGUUCAAGGAAUUGGAAGUGGCGGUAUCAAUAUGAUCGUCGACGUGAUCAUCUCGGAUCUCGUUCCAUUGCGUGAGCGCGGGAAUUUCAUUGCCAUUGUGCUCACCGUGUACUCGAUUGGCAGCUCGAUGGGCCCCUUUGUAGGAGGAAUCAUUGUGCAGCGAACAACUUGGAGAUGGGUCUUCUAUAUCAACCUACCUGUUGGCGGGUUUUCGCUGGUGCUUCUGUUCCUAUUUCUACACACUAACUAUCAGAGCGAUACAACGUUUUCCCAAAAGGUCAAGCGUAUCGACUAUAUCGGCAAUAUCCUUAUCAUGGGGGCUACGGCAGGGGUGCUCUGUGCAUUGACAUACGGGGGGCUCACGCUAUGCAUGGAGCUCCUGGCGGAUUAUCGUGCCCCUGUGGUACCACCGCGCCUAUUCAACAACCGAACCUCCCUCGUGGUCUUCAUCAACACGUACUUGUUCACGGUUCUCCUCUACUGGGUGCUGUUCUUCAUCCCGGUUUAUUUCCAGGCUAUUUUGGGAUCUUCGCCAGCCCGAGCAGGUGUUCAAAUGCUGCCUAUUACCCUCGUUGCGAUCCCCGGCGCCGUGAUUGCAGUUAUCGUCCUCUCAAAGUUUGGAAAGUACAAAGCCCUUCACAUGGCAGGGUUCAUCAUCCUCACGUUGGGUAUGGGCCUAUUUGCCUACCUCGACCGCUACUCCUCCGAUGCGGAGUGGAUUAUUUUCCAAAUUAUCGCCGCGCUUGGAUCUGGUAUGGUCCUAAACACCUUGCUCCCGGCCUUCCAAGCCCCCCUCGCAGAAUCGGAUCAGGCGGCAGCCACGGCAACCUGGGCAUUCAUGCGGAGCUUCGGCAAUAUAUGGGGGGUGGCUAUUCCCGCUAGCAUCUUCAACAAUCAGUUCAACAAGUAUGCCUAUCGCAUUUCAGAUGUUAGCGUGCGACAACUACUCUCUAAUGGCCACGCCUACCAGCACGCGUCCAAUACGUUUAUUGACAGCCUGAAUGAACCUGUGAAGAGCGAGGUUAUCGGGGUAUUUUCUGACUCCCUUAAACUUGUCUGGUUGGUAUCGAUUGCUUUCUGCGGUCUUGCUUGUAUAUUGGUGAUCUUUGAAAAAGAGGUACCUUUGCGCAAAGAGCUAGAUACAGAUUAUGGCAUGGUCGAAAAAGACGCUAUUCAGGCAAAGAAGGGGGGUAUUCCCGACGCUGAAAAACAGGCGCAGACAUUAGGGUAA